GUUGGCAAACUGAUUAAAGAAGCAGCAGGGAAAAGCAAUCUGAAGAGAGUUACAUUGGAACUUGGAGGAAAAAGUCCUAACAUAAUAUUUGCAGACGCAGACUUGGACAACGCUGUGGAAUUUGCACAUAUUGGUCUAUUCUACCACCAGGGACAAUGUUGUAUAGCAGGAUCUAGAAUUUUUGUGGAGGAGCCUAUUUAUGACGAGUUUGUUCGCCGGAGCAUUGAACGAGCAAAGAAGUACAUUCUUGGGGAUCCUUUGUUGCCUGGUGUACAGCAAGGCCCUCAGAUUGAUAAGGAGCAGUUUCAAAAAAUCCUGGAGCUAAUCGAGAGUGGGAAAAAAGAAGGAGCCAAGUUGGAAUGUGGAGGAGGUCCAUGGGGAGACAAAGGUUACUUCAUCCAGCCCACAGUUUUUUCUAAUGUUACAGAUGAUAUGCGCAUCGCCAAAGAAGAGAUAUUUGGACCUGUUCAACAAAUCAUGAAGUUUAAAACUAUAGAUGAGGUUAUUAAGAGGGCAAAUAAUACUACUUAUGGCUUAGCAGCAGCAGUUUUUACCAAAGACAUUGAUAAAGCACUGACAUUUGCAGCUGCUCUUCAGGCUGGAACAGUAUGGGUUAACUGUUAUAGUGCAAUGUCUGCUCAGUGUCCUUUUGGAGGUUUUAAGAUGUCAGGAAAUGGAAGAGAAAUGGGAGAAUAUGGCCUUCAUGAAUACACGGAAGUUAAGACUGUCACAAUCAAAAUCCCACAGAAGAACUCAUAAUGCUGCUUGAGGUGCAGAAUUUAGCAUCUUCAAAUGAAUCUGAAAAGGUUAUCUGGUUUCUGAAAAGUUUUAUAUCCCAAAUUAUUCAUUAACCUUCUUGUUUUCUGAUUGUAUAAGAGGUACUUGCUUACAUUAACAAUAUAAAGAAUAAUGUAGAAAAUUUUAAUGUGACUAACUGAGAAAAGGAAAAUUUAGUGUCUGGUACAUAGCUAAUAUUGAAAUUCAUGUUCUGAAAGAACGAUUUUUUAUUUUCAGUGGAAGGUCUCUGUAGUGCUAUGAAAAUGUUCCUUUUUCAAUAUAUCCUGUAGGUACAGUUAGAAUUUAUGUCCUCUUCUAAAUGUUAGAUGGCAAGCUCUCUCUGCAUCUUCUUUUCUUUGUGGCCUUAACAAAAGCACUUAUGAGUAAUCAGCAGAUAGUUACU